GAUGGCUCGUUCGUAAAGCGCCCAUCCGGAUAAUGGAUCAUAAAAUUUCCCCAUCGGGCAGUCCCCCGCAGCACUGCUCCUCAAACCCUAGCAAUCCGCCCGUCGCCAUGGCGCCGUUCCGGCGCUGGGCGGACCUGCCCCCCGACCUGCUCUGCCGCAUCGGAGACUGCCUCGACCUCAAGUGGUACGCCAGCGCGCGGGGCGCCUGCACGGCGUGGCGCUGCGCGCUCUCGUCGCCGUGCCCGGCGCUCCUCGUCGUGGUCGACGACGCCCGGUGGUGCCCCUACGCCGCGUCGCUGCCCACGCGGAGGUCAUUCGAGCUCACGGCCAUCGUCUCCGGCUGCCGAUGCGUUGGCUCCAGCAACGGCUGGCUCGCGCUCUCCGUCGCGCUCUCCGGCGGCCAGACCGUCUUCGUGCUCCUCAACCCCGUCGCGGCCGUGGAGAUCGUCCUCCCGAUGCUGAUCUACGAGAGCCGGUGGGUCUCCAAGGUCGUCUUCACCCCCAGCCCCGCCAAGGACGACUUUGCCGCCGCAGCCAUCUGCGACAUCGACAGAAUCGCGUACGUCACCGCCGGGGCCAGGAGGUGGGCCGUCAUGGACCCCGUCCACCUCACCUGCGGGGACCAGCUCACCGACGUCGUCUACACCGACAAAGGUAAGGUCUACUGCCUCACGAGGUGCGGGGACGUGCACGUGCUCCGCCUCCCCGAGCGCCGCCGCCGGAAACCUGCCAACGCUGAUGAGGCGGGGCCCUCAGAGCCUGAGUUUUCUGUACUCCAACCUGCUGCUGAACGCACGGUUAAUUUCCGGCCGCUGCGAUGGCAACAGCGCAACUGUCGCAUGAUGCGUUUUGUACAUGCCCGAUUAAUAGAUCACGGUCCAACCUUGCCAAUGAGGAUUACAUUCUGCGCAGAGUCGUUUAUACCAUACAGGAGGGUUCCACCUGAAUCUCAAGGACCGCACCUUAAUGCACCGGCCACGGUUGAGCCCUUGUUAUCGGAGGCCAACCUCCCGUUCAACCCUGCCACUGUCUUUGCUCCGCCGUAUGACACCGUGUCGGUGUUCACUAGUGCUAAGAACUUGGUGUUCUGCGAGGGUAAUUUGUACCAAGUCUGGAGGAAUGCAAGCUGCACUGUUACUCUGCAGCUGCCGGCAGGGGGCCAGCGUCGUGUGUCAGAGAAUGAGAUCUUAGUUCUGAGGUAUUAUCCCCGGCGUCAGCCUUGCUGGGAUGUGGUGAAGGACUUGGGGGGUUACUCACUUUUUGUGGGAAGGAACAAUGCAGUGUCGAUGUAUGCCGAGGGUGUGCCGGGACUGAGGGGCAACAGUGUGUACUGGAUCGGUGGCCGUGGUAGGGAUCAGGGCAUGGUCUUUGACAUGGAAACCGGGAGGUCUACACCGUGCCGGUCUCCUCCGGUUGGCUUUGUACCUGGGCAUCCGCAUAGCACAAUCUGCUGGUACUUCUUGAGCGAUAUAGUGAGCAACAACAGCAGUAGCAACAACAAUAACGGAGGAAGAAGAGUUUAUCAGACCCGAGCAAGAGCUCGGGCAGAUCUCAUGCAGGAUAUCGAAGAAUGAUGCGUUGACAAACUGCUUGUCGACAUUGUGAUAACCACCAACCCCACCAGGGUGGAGGUCGAGUUUAUCAUCUGGUUUGGCCUAACCGCUUGCUGUAAUUGAGAGGAAGAGCCCGAUCUGAAAGCAAAGCAAAAAAUCUUGCAGAGUGAAGUAUUGAGGAAUCGCUUGGUGUAGCUGAUAGUCUUUUUAAUUUCUGUUUCUUGAAAUAAUGUUGUUAGGCCUGUUAGCUCGUCUGUAGCCUUUAUAAUAUAGGUAUGGUCAUGUCAUGUAACCCAAUAAUUACCGUCGUCUUUGUAUGCUAAAUUUUCAUGAUGUGUUGAAAUAAGAAAAAAGAUAAUGUAA